AUGGAUGUCAAGACCAAACGCCCUGGAAAACUGACAAAAGGGGUUUUGUUUCAUGAAGAUAAUGCCCCAGCACAGAAGUCCUUGGUUUCAAUGGCUGGUGUGCAUCACUGUGACUUUGAGCUAGCUGAUCACCCUCCAUAUACUCCUGAUUUGGCCCCAUCUGACUAUUAUCUUUUCCCCAACUGUUUAUUUACUGACUGGUUUGUUUUUUCUUUUUCAGAUUUACCUAAAAUGGCACUUCCCCCCUGUCAUGUAAUGUGUCAGUUUUAUGUUCAAGAUGGUGAACUAUCUUGUCAGAUGUAUCAACGAUCAGCAGAUAUGGGUCUUGGAGUUCCUUUCAAUGUUGCCAGCUACUCACUACUGGUUUAUAUGAUUGCUCACAUUACAGGUUUGAAGCCUGGAGAUUUCAUCCAUACGUUAGGAGAUGCACAUGUUUAUGUGAACCAUGUUGAACCAUUAAAAGAACAGCUGAAAAGGACCCCACGUGCUCUGCCAAAGCUAAAAAUUAAGCGAAGUGUCAGUAACAUCGAUGACUUCCAUGUUGAUGAUUUUGAAAUUAUUGACUAUAAGCCAUAUGGUAAGAUAAAGAUGGAGAUGGCUGUAUAGGAAGGAUUUGAGAAACCAUUUUCAAAAAGCUGUUAUUGGGUUCCAAAAUCUAUCAGUAGAUUAUGGCUCACAAGAAACAUAACAUUCUAUAAACAGAAACUUUGGUGCUUAUAUUCCAUUAUUUUUUUUUUUACAUCUAUUAAAGUCAUAUAUAAAGAACAAAAAAAAUGAAACAUUUUUAGUGUAAA